AUGUCUAAAUACGAUCUUAAUGGUGAUCCAACGAAGGCUGGUCCUCAACCAAAAUUUAAACCACAAACACAAGACUCACCUGGUGAGGAAUAUAAAAUGGAUCCACUUCCAGAUUAUGGUCUUGAUAGUUAUAAAGGCACCGGCAAACUUCAAGAUAAAGUAGCUGUCAUAACUGGUGGGGAUUCCGGUAUUGGCCGAGCUGUUGCUCUCGCAUAUGCACGCGAAGGUGCAACAAUCAUUAUUUCAUAUUUAAAUGAACAUAAAGAUGCUCAAGAAAUUCAAAAAGCUGUUGAAGAAGCUGGCCGAGAAUGUAUCAUAAUUCCUGGUGAUAUUAGUGAAGAAACACAAUGCAAAUAUAUUGUUGAUACUGCAGUGUCGAAAUUUAAACGAAUUGAUAUCUUAGUAAACAAUGCUGCAUAUCAAGGAAAACAAGUUGAAGAUAUUCAAGAACUUGAUCAUAAACGAGUAGAAUAUACAUUUAAAACAAAUAUUAUUGCCAUGUUCGAUUUAGUUCGAUUAGCUGUUCCACAUAUUCCAAAAGGUGGAUGCAUCAUCAAUGUUGGCUCAAUUCAAGCUUAUGAUCCAUCAGCUGAAAUCUUAGAUUAUGCAACAACAAAAGCCGCUAUUGUUGGUUUCACAAAAGGUUUAGCUGAUAAACUUUUAGAAAAAGGCAUUCGAGUUAAUUGUGUCGCUCCUGGACCGGUUUGGACACCAUUAGUUAUCGCUUCAUUUCCAAAAGAAAAAAAUGCCGCAUUCGGUUCAAACUAUCCUAUUAAACGACCAGCACAACCAAGAGAAUUAGCACCAGCAUUUGUUUUCUUAGCUGCAGGAACUGAUUCAUCAUACAUAUCAGGUGAAAUAUUGGCCGUAACCGGUGGUAAACAAACCGCAUAG